AACCCUCCGUUUCUCCCGGAGCUUUUCGACCUAACUGUCCUCAGGUCAGCGGGGGAUUUCUGCCUCUCCUCCGGGUUCGCGUGUCACAGAUCUGACCUGUGACCCCCCCCCCCCCAUGACCCCAGCGGUUGGUUCUGGCUAGUGUGGUGAUGAUGAUGAGGAGGAGGGUGAGGCGAGGUCACGGCUUAGCUGCACAUCUUGCGGUGUGAAAGGAGGGACGAAGAGGGACGAGUCCUUGAAAGUUUUUUGAGUGCAAAGAAGACGACCGUUGGAAGGUCACGCAGAGGGUACGGCAGUGAUUAUCAAAAGCGUAGGAAUUUAUGGGGCCAAAACCUGAGAUGCAGAACUGCUGGAUAUCCUUGGAACCUUUUUUCAAUAUUUAGUGCAAUUCUUGGACUGCAGAGAUCAGUUUAAGUCUUUUACUGAGGACUUCAUUUGUAUUCUUCCUUUUUGGAGCAGAACUAGUUUCUUUCAGUUUAUUUUUGUUUCCUCCUUCUCCCACGUGUCCGUUCUGUUGUCGGGAGUCUUCUUGAUUUUUUUUUUGGGGGGGGGAAUUUCAUCCUCUCCUCCACCGGAGGGAAUGGCUCUGUCUCCUUCGACACGAGAACGAAAGACGGGGAGCUGACUCCUGCUAGGAGCGAGGCCGAGAGGCGAAGAGGGAGAAAGAAAAGAGGAGCGUUCGGGGAAAAUGUCGUGGAAGAGGAACUACUUUGCGUCGGGCGGAGGCGGGGAAGGCGGAAGCGGCGCCGGUGGCAGCAGUGGCAGUGUGAGCAUGCAGGGGAUGUUGACGACGCCUCGCACCGUGACGUCCAUCGCUCCCAGUAAAGGGCUGAGCAACGAGCCAGGACAGAACAGCUGCUUCCUGAACAGCGCCCUGCAGGUUCUGUGGCACCUGGAUAUCUUCAGGCGUAGUUUCCGCCAGCUGACGACUCAUAAGUGUAUGGAGGACUCGUGCAUUUUCUGCGCUCUGAAGAGUAUCUUCGCUCAGUUUCAGUACAGCAGUGAGAGAGUUUUACCGUCCGACGCGCUUCGCAGCGCCCUCGCCAAAACCUUCCAGGACGAGCAGAGGUUUCAGCUCGGCAUCAUGGACGACGCUGCAGAGUGCUUCGAAAACAUCCUGAUGAGGAUUCACUUCCACAUCGCAGAUGAGACCAAAGAGGACAUCUGCACAGCCAGACACUGCAUCCCCCACCAGAAGUUCGCCAUGACGCUCUUCGAGCAGUGUGUGUGCAGUAGCUGUGGAGCAGCCUCAGACCCUCUACCCUUCAUUCAGAUGGUCCACUACAUCUCCACCACCUCUCUGUGUAACCAGGCCGUGAAGAUGUUGGAGACGAGGGAGAAGGCGACUCCCGGCAUGUUCGGGGAGCUGCUGCGAAACGCCAGCAUGGGAGACCUGCGCAGCUGUCCCAGUCAGUGUGGUCAGCAGCUCAGGAUAGCUCGUGUCCUCCUCAACAGUCCGGAGAUCAUCACCAUCGGUCUGGUUUGGGACUCUGAGCACUCGGACCUCGCCGAGGACGUCAUUCACACCCUGGGAACCUGCCUGCGUCUUGGGGAUUUGUUUUACAGGGUGACGGAGGAGAAGGCUCGUCAGUCCGAGCUCUACCUGGUCGGCAUGGUGUGUUACUACGGGAAACAUUACUCCACCUUCUUUUUCCAGACCAAGAUCCGACGAUGGAUGUACUUCGAUGAUGCGCACGUCAAGGAGAUUGGGGGCUUUAGUACCGUCUCCUCGUGGACUCAUCGUCCGCUGUGUGUCGCUCCCCUUCAGAUCGGUCCCAAGUGGAAAGACGUGGUCUCUCGCUGCAUCAAGGGUCACUACCAGCCGCUGCUGCUGCUGUACGCUGACCCGCGUGGAACGCCGGUGUCAGUCCAGGACCUGCCCUCGCGCUUCGACCUGCACCACCUCACCAAGGCCUGUUACGACAGCGAAGACUCGGGCCGCGAGCAGUCCAUCUCCAGCGACACUCGCACCGAUUCGUCGACGGAGAGCUACUCGUACCGACAGCCCUCCCACUCGCACCAUGAGUCCCUGGCCAGUCACUACUCUUCUGACUCCCAGGGAACAGUCAUCUGCACCGAGCGCCCAGACGGACCCCUGCACACCUCGCGCUGCAGCCUGGAUACCGUAGGCCACGUGACGGACAGUGAGCAGCACCAGUCUCUGAGGAAGGGAGGCGGGGCCGGGGAUAGGAGGCGGAGCUCUAGCCGCCACCGGCGAUCUAAACUCGACAACGAAGCCCCGUCGGCCGGUUACCACAGUGAGGGAGAGACGUUAAAGGAGCAACAGGUUCCUCGUCACCUCCCCAAACCUCCCUCCUCCUCCUCCUCAUCAUCAACCAGUCGCCUCAGAGACUUCAAAGAGACAAUGAGCAACAUCAUACACAGCCGACCCCUCUCCUCCUCAUCCUCCUCAUCUUUACCGGCUGCCGUCCUCGCCUCUGAAAUCAACUCCUCCUCCUCCACCAACAACAACAACCACCAUUAUCCGGCCACCAUUUCAUCUGCCUGCCCCUCCUCGACUAAACCCCAUGACUGGGAGGCCGACAGCACCAGCAGCGAGUCCAAGUCCAGCUGCUCGGGGGGAACGGGUUCGGGGAGAUACCGCCCAUCCUGGAGGCCUCGAAGGGAGGCCCUCAACAUCGACAGCAUCUUUAACCGCGAGAGGCGAAGGCAGGCGGGAUACAGCCCGCUCGGCGCCUCCCUGCCCGACGACUGCGGGGCUCCGGCCUCAGGGGGAGCAGAUGCCAAGGAGGAUGCACGGUCUGUCAGGCCAGGCUCCUCCUGGACUCUUCCCACCACCGGCAGCAGCCACAGAGGAGAUGGACCUGCAAGUGGAAGGGGAAGUGAAGGACGUGCAGAGCUGCCUCCUCCUCCUCCCCCUCCUCCCAGGCUGAUCCAGAGGAUGGAGAGCGGAUACGAGAGCAGCGAGAGGAACAGCAGCAGCCCAGUCAGCCUGGAACUGAGCUUGGGCGACAGGGACUGUGUUGUGAAGAAGCCCUCCUCCUCUUCCUCGGGUCCGGCAUGGAGGAACAUAAGGUCAAAGAGCAGUGGAGCUUUGCUGCAGGAGCUCAGCUCUGCCAACAGGGGGAGCCUCGCGCCCCCCAUUGGCCGCAGCGAGUUGGACGAGCUGCAGGAGGAGGUGCAGAAGAGAGCGAGGGAGGAGGAGCAGCACCGCCGGCAGGAGAAGGAGAGGGAGGCGGCGCUUGGCUUCAACCCCCGACCCAGCAAGUACUUGGACCUGGACCAGCUGCAGAUCCAGGGUAAAGGUGAUAACUUUGAGAGAUGUGUUUCGGAGGCGGAGCUUCUGCUGGACCAGUCGGUGCGUCUGGAGCAGGCGGGCGAGGUCACUGCUGUGCUGUCGGCUGUCAACGAAGUCGUCUCCAAACUGCAGCUGGUGGCAGCUGAGGGCGGAGCUAGUAGUCACAGCCGGCUGCAGCGCUGCAUGAGGAGAGCCCGCAGCCUGCAGCAACGCAUGCAACUGCAGCAGCAGCAGCAGGACUCAGAGGCAGUCAGACUGCAACCGCAGCAACAACAGGAGGAGGGGCAGCAGCUGCAGGAACAGCCCAGUGAAAAGCUUUUCUCGCUCCAAAUACUUUUGACAGAGAGACACGGCGACCAGUCAGCUGCCAGUCCGGACCAACAGGCCCCGCCUCUCUCUCCCUGCCUUGUUAAGCCCCUCCCUCCCAAAACAAACUCUGUGUCUGAUGCCGCCACCAGCGCUGGGACCCCUGCAGGUUCACCCAGAGACGACAGCAGGACCGGAGGCCCCUGCUUUCUCUUUGGGAAGCCCCUCACCAACACCAGGUCCCUCCCUGCCCUGUGCGUGGAUACCUGGGAUCAGAGCCCCCUGGGAGACUUGGCUCCACCCCCUCCAUCUGAGGAGGCGGAGCAAUGUGUCCAGUGGACCAGAACGCACCCUGUCUCUAUCCCAACACAGGCCCUGGCCCCACCCAGGCCAUAUCCUCAAACCCCUUCACCUGUUCAUCUGAUGAUGGAGGAGGUGCCUAAUUUCACCCUCCAUCCACAGACCACCCCCCCUACCGCUAGCCCCAGGGUUGCCCCACUCUCAUCCUCUUGCCCACUCAGGAACUGGUCCUGCUUGGAUCCACGCGAUGUUGUCGAUUCUCCCGUUGACCCCCCAAUCAGCUCAACCCCAGACCCCCCUUCCAAUGCCCUCCCUCUGCCGGCUGUGAGCUGGCCUGAUCCGCCCUGCUCCACGCCCCCCAGUCAGGACUACAAAGCAGCCCUGCCUGUGGAGCGCUGGGCGGAAAAUGUCAACAGAUACUACGGCUCCCAGAAUGCAACAGGAGGAGGAGCGGGAGUGGCGGAGCCUGAUGAGGAACUCUCGGAGCUGGACUCUCUGUACCAGGCCAGUUUGCUGGCUCCCAGCAUGCAGCGGGGCAGCCGUGGAGUCAGUCCUCAACCAACCAGCAACAAACCAGGUGUGAGGAGGAUGCCGCCAGGAUCUGGGCGGUCCAAAACACCAACGGCUGAGAUCGAGAGAUGCGCCUACAGAACACCCGUCACAACUCAUAAGUUGCCGUCGGGCGAAGACGAGAGCUACAGCGCAGCAAACCUGCGACGCGUUGCUCGCAGCCUAAGUGGAACCGCCAUCGGGCCGCGUCCCCAAAACCUCAGCCCCUCUGACAGCUGUGAGACCCUGUCCAGGCCCCCCCUCAGACACUCUUCCUCAUCCUCCUCCCUCCCCCGUUGCCCAAGCACCUCCUCCGUGCACGUCCCCCCCUCCUCCUCCUCCACCUCCUUCACUACAGACCAAUCCCACCUCCUCCAACCCCAACACCACGGCCCCCCUGCUCCUGCACCUCCUCCACAGCACCCUCCCUUGCCGACAUCACGGCCCCCGAACUCGGGCCUCUCCUCCUGGGGACACUCAGCAGCUGGACCGAGCGUCCAGCAGCCGUUUCUGGUUGUGUCUGACCGGCACCCGGCUCUCUCAGGUCAAAGCCUCCACGGCGUCCCGUUGAGUUACGGCACUUUGCCCCGGGCUCCUCGGCGAGCGCCUCCUCCUCCCUCCUCCUCCUCCACCGCCUCCCUCCCUCGACCCAGAGCGGGCUCCGCUCCUGCCCCCCCGCUGCCAGCUCCACAGAGUCUCUGCGCCACCCUCUGCCACCCUCGCCGUUCUGCCAACGCCACCACUAACGGUCACUACCGGCAACCGUCGCUGCCCAUUAAUGUCAACGGGUCCAACCGCUACGCUCCACACCCCCUCAGGGGCCCCGGGGUGGCCCCCGGCCAGCCACUCCGCCGGGACAUGCCCCCUGAGACCGACUGGCGUCGCGAUGCCGACUCCUCCUGGGACCCCCGCGCCGCCCACCAGCCUCUCCAUAGAAGCGUCUCCCAACAGCCUCCCCGGCCCCGCAGGGACCCCCAGCUCUGCUCGCUCUGCCAGCAGCUUCCUGCCGAGCCGUCACGCCCCUACUGUCAGUCCUGCGGCACCUACGUGGCUCGGUUCCGCCCGGUCAGCUGAUCCAGCUGGAGGCUCGAGUCCAGGCUUGUUCCAAAUGUCUUGGUAUUUUUUUUUUUAUUCUUUAAAAUGUGCCAAUGUUUCUUUAAAUCCAACGCUGCCCAUAAUCUGGUCAUCCAUCUCAUGGUGGAUAUCUCUCCCUGGAAUAGAACUCUUGGGUCUCUGCAGCAUCACCUGGACGAACAAACCAAUCGUCUUGCAGGAAUCUGCCACAUUAAUAAUGCAUGAAGAGUAAUUGGUCUUCAUCUGCUGAUUGAUAAUAUACAUGAACGGCAUGUUUUAUUUAAUUCUAAGAGAAAAAAAACAUGAGCGCAAUUUGAGUUUUAUCGUUGAAAAGAUAAUGGUUUAAUUUAUCUAAAACUAUUUAGAUAAUUAAUUAACCACUUUUAAGUUAUUUUCCCAGUAAAAAUACCAAAACAACUCAUUCCAGGUUCUCACAUGUGAGAGUUUGCUGCUUUUAUUUGGGUCUUGCGUGACAAAACAUUUUUUUAUUUGUCCAACAGCCAGAACCACCUUUUUUAUUUAGUAAUGUACUACUUUUAAUACUUAACUUAAAAUGUAGUGAUUAGAAUCUGCACAACACACUUAGUCAUCAGCUGUGGAUCACAUUUCAGUUUCUAUUAAAUGUGCCAAAACAUUUAUUUUGAAAGGUCACAGGCAUGUUACAGAUGUGGCGUUUUUGUUGUUGUUUUUUUAAACCGAUUACAUUCAUCACAAUUGGUGAUGCAUAAUCCCCAACGUUCACUUUGAUGAAGCAACUUGUCGUCUGAGCUUCAACUGACUCUUUCAAUAUUGAUCGAGUUAUUUCCCAAAUUAAUCGUUUAAUUUGUUACGUCUCUAAAAUGUUAGAAAACCAGCAGACACACAUCCGUGAAGCUGGAACGAGAGAAUCAUUUGACAUGUUUUCUGUUUUAUAUGAAUGACCUAAAACAUUUAUGAAGGGAUUAUCAAAUUGCCGCCGCUUUAUUUCUCCGAUUGACGUCUUGAAGUUGUCGAUAUUCAACCGAUCAAUUCAGCUUUCCGAGAGAAUAACCGUCUGAGGUGUUUCAGAUGAAGAUCGACGUGUCUGUUGUCGUGAGAUCCUGAUCUCUAACACAGCUGAACGGACGUCUGGUUUUUAAAGGAAGAACAUGGGAGGAAGUCAGGAAAAGCUGCUUCUUUCCUGCCGCUUGUGUCUCAGAAUAUAAAUCUACUCUACUUAUUACUCUAUUUAUUUUUGUAGGCUUGUGAGACUGCGUUGUGCAUAGAUGAAACUAUUCUACCUGGAUAUACUCUACUACUAUAGUCUAAUUUUCUAAAGGUAGCUAGUCGCCUUGUUUGGGAUGUGGAGCCUUCUUAUACCGUACACAAGGCUGUUGGUGAUUAAUAACUAAAGCUUUUAUUUUGACAGCUAAUAUUUAGCAUGAUGUUUUAUUAUAGCCUAUUAUAGAUGCAGUUCUUUCCUAGCGCAGCCUCUCUACUGCAGUUAACUCUUCAUCGCUCGUUAGUGCACUUCAGAAGUGUUGGCGGUAGAUUCACGCGCUUGUUGCCGGUGUGUGUUGACAUCCUCCCGUUGUUAAGGGAGACGCUCUGCGUUGCGUUUCGGGUCUUGUUUUUGUACUCCGGUGACUUUGGAUCGGUUUGAUAGAUUAAUGAAGGAAUACCUUUACACAAUAUGCCAUUUUAAUAACAACCGCAGAGCGAAUAUGUCCGACUGCCGAGGAAAUACACCAAACUGGAGUUAAACAUUCAUUUAAAAAGACGUUUGGUAAUUAUCAUUUCAAAUUCACAUGAAGAUCCAAGGAGCUAAAUAUAUUAAUUGAUUAGUAAGUCCUGAUUUAUUGAUUGUUUGACUGACAGGAUGUCUAGUUUACAAAGUAAGACCUUUAAUUAGAGUUCAGACCAGUCCUGAGUUCAUCAUCAUAGUCAUGAAGUUAUUUUUUUGCUUUGCCAGAUUUUAUUUUGUUGAUUUUGUCGGUAUAUUUUUUUAUGCUUAUUUUUCUACAUUGUAGACUGUAAGAGAGAUGAUACGAUGAUUAAAAUGUUUAAAGGAAA